GGCCACCUGCACGGGCGGCCCGCCCCGUCCCGGCUGGGGAGCCCGCCCCGUGCCGCCCCACCCCGCGCGCACUGGGCAUGCCCAGAGCCGCGUCACGCGCCCGCCAGCUCGAGUCCGCCGCGGACCCUGCUGCGUCCGCCCCGGCCCGGGCUGCCCCGCGCGCGGCCAUGGAGCGCAUCGAAGGGGCAGCUGUGGGCCGCUGCGCAGCCUCCCCCUACCUGCGGCCGCUCACGCUGCACUACCGCCAGAAUGGCACUCAGAAGUCGUGGGACUUCAUGAAGACACAUGACAGUGUGACCAUUCUCCUGUUCAACUCUUCGCAGAGGAGCCUGGUGUUGGUGAAGCAGUUCCGGCCUGCUGUGUAUGCCAACGAGGUGGAGCGCCACUUCCCAGGGUCCCUGGCAGCCGUGGACCAGGACAGGCCACAGGUGCUGCCAGGGGCACUGCCUGGCUCGGCGGGGGUGACGUAUGAGCUGUGUGCCGGCCUUGUGGACCAGCCCGGGCUCUCGCUGGAGGAAGUGGCCUGCAGGGAGGCUUGGGAGGAGUGCGGCUACCACCUGGCCCCAUCCGACUUGCGCCGGGUGGCCACCUACAAUCACAGGUGACAAGGCCCAGGCUAAGGACGCGAUUGAGUGAGGCGGGAGUGGCAGUGCCCAGCCUGGCCCGGCACAGCCUUCUUGGGCUGGGCCAAAGGUCAUGCCGUCGCCUUCACAAGCCUGCGGAAACUGGGACUGGAAACCCCACAGACGGCGCUUCCAUCAAAGGUGCAGGCCUUGACCGCAGCGGAAACGGGCCAUCAGGAAGGGUCUGAGGGAGAUAAGGGGCUGGAGGGGGAGGAAGCAGCUGGGCGAGGUCAGUCUGAGUGGGGGGCCCCCUACUGGGGGUGGGGAGUGGAAGCCCCUCAUUCUGCUCCCUGCCCUGCGUGCUGGGCACAUGUCCAAGGGCAGCCUCCGCUGUGCAGGCCUCCGGCCGGCCUCAGCUAACAUGGGCUGACCAAGGACUCCCGUAUUCCCUGGUCAUCUCCUCGGAUGCCCCCCGAUUCCCUCCUACCCUGCACACCUUGCCUGCCCCUUCCUCCCCUGUGUGGGAUCCACCACCCCGUCCUCUUAACUACCGUAUUUGCCGGCGUAUAAGACGACUGGGCGUAUAAGACGACCCCCUAACAUUUCCACUCAAA